AGGACCUUUGCCUUUGCCUUUCCCUUUCUCAUCUGAUACACCUUGUGGCACUACAUUGACGCGCCGUAUUUAGCUUGGACUGCAGAAGUCCAGCUUUUUGUAGUACUGGAAACAAUCAAUAUUUGAUUCUGGAUUACGACAAAGAAGUCUUGUAUGUUUUAUGAUUAUGCCGUACCUCUAGUAGAAGGAACUAAGGUAGCCUGUUUACUUCUAGAAGUUGCAGCUGGUGUGGCUGGAAAUACUGUCGAGUCUUUCUGGAUCUAUGCCAGUAUCACCAGCACGACCUGUAGCUCCUUAUUUCCGAACAACAACUUUACCUUUGCAUAAAAAAGCUGCUCGAUGAUCGAUGGCAGAUGAAGCGAGACCAGCUGUGGCCCCGAAUUCCCUCCAGAGCGUGGUAAUCCUUGACCUUCCAACCCGACCCAACUCUAACCCAAUUGCAGCAGGUGCUGUCAGCUGCACCACGACCCGUCUUCCCUGGGAGGAUGACCACGUUGACGACGGUGAAGAUGACGAGGAGGACAAAAAUGCACGACCACAUCAUCAACAAGAGCUACGAAAAUCUCCGUCAAUUUCAAGCCAGAUUUCUGCUCGCCUCGCAAGACUCUCUUCCACCGCCAGGAGUUCCACGGCGGAGCUUGUCGGAAAAACAAGAACCUUUUCCAGAAGCACAACCUUCGCGGUUGGCUUCUCCCUGCUCGCGGUCGGUGGUCUCGUCGUGGGCUUUGUCUUCUUGACGUUUGCUUUGUCCAAAGACGGGGGGAAUGACAGAUUAAAAACAACCACUAUCGCAGUGGACAACUCCGCGCAACAGGAACUGAUUCUCAACGCAGAUGACCUGCUGAACUUCGACAACUUUCUCGGAGUAGAAAAUAACUACAAUGCGACACUGACUAGUUCUGGUGGUAGUUCAGCGCAACCUGGAACUGCGGCCGACACAGACACGUCGGGCAACACCUGGACCGACGUUGUCAGUGACGCGACGAGCACUGGACUCAUUGUCUGGACGGACGAUAUGAUUAAUGUCACAACUACGAACGCGAGUAGCACUAAUUCUACUUCGGCGAUGAACGAUACGAAUGACACAACUUCUACAGGAGCAGUGCCAUCAAAUGCUUCGUCGACAAUCUUCGCACAGACGAUCAUCCAAACGGCACAACAGCUGCUGAUCGACAAGAUGUGGAAGGAAUCCCUCUUCUGCCCGCGACUGCUGCCCUGUUGCGCGAAUCAAUUCAGGAAUAGCCAGAUCACGAAAGUUACCAAUGUUUUGUACGGAACGGGGCGGAAUUUGGUGGAUAACGACCAGAAGAGCUACCCUUUGAAGUUAGAUCUGUACCUUCCACCUGAUGUACUAGAGCUGGCGUCACCUCCUACACCUCCAUCAAGUACUAACGGCGCGCCGACGACCCCCCAACGUCAACCCCCCCGCCCCGCUGUCCUGUUCCUCCACGGCGGUGCCUGGCUGCCGGAAGCGGCGCAGCGCAACUCUUCGAAAAGCUCCAACGAGGCGCGAAAGCACGCGAGAGGUUGGGCGAAAAGAGGCUUUGUAGGGGUUUCCGUCGAGUACCGACGGUGGAAUUCGUUGACAACCGAGUGGAAAAGCCGCAUUCUCUCCGACCCGGUGCGGGAUGUGUGGACUAGCAUCCGGUUUCUGAAGCAAAACGCAGCGGCCUACAACAUCGACGCGUCAAAAAUCGGCCUCGUCGGGUCCGCGGCCGGGGCGCACAACGCCGGGCACGCCGGAUUCUUCGAAGAGUUGAAGUUAGGGCUAGGCACGACGGGGAAUGUGGCCGGCGCGGGAACAACAUCAAGCAAUCCAAACGCAAUCCCGUUUGAAAACGACGAGCAUUUGGCGCAGGCAACAAGCCCCAUCAACUUCGUGAUUCAGCAAUCGGGCGCGCUCGCCGGGUGGGCGCCCCUGUUCCCGCCGGACCAGUACUGGAAGCAGAGUGUCAGUCUGCUUCCCUCCUACCUGCUCAUCAUGAGCCGGAACGACACGCUCGCUGACUACACUAAGGGGAUCGACACCAUGCGGUAUCUGCGCGAAAAGUUCCCGACGAGCCACAACCCGCCGAACCCGCUUCUGCGAAACACCGAGCAGUUUCGUCGGUUUCUGGUGCUGCCGGGGAGGGACCACGAGUUGGACGCUUUUCAGAAAAAAGGCCGGUUCAACAGCCAACUGUUCAACGAUGAAGUAGGCUUUUAUCCGAUGCAAAUAUAAUGUCUGGGUCGCCUGGUCCAGGCUCCUGGAAGAUUGCGGGAGCGUGACUUGUCAUGCUAGUGUGGGAUGUCCAUCUCUCUGAGCUCUAUACUGCGUGGCCACGACGAACUACUCCUCAAGCCUGUCAUGCAAAAACCCAGGCUGUCGUGCUGAAUACGCAACAAAGAUUCACAAAAAAGAAUAAGUACUUUGAUGUGCAUUAGAGUCCGUCUAGUAUACGCGUACUUCUUGCGUCACACCUCUCCAGACUCAGACAUCAUAUUCGCAACGCAUAGCUCUGUCAUACGGGCAAUGGACGUGCAGAGUUGUGGAUUACAGGAUUUGCAGACGCUGGCGGCGGCCGCGGUAGUGUAG